AUGACUGAGACCACCAAGACCCACGUUAUCCUGCUGGCCUGCGGCAGCUUCAACCCCAUCACCAAGGGGCACAUCCAGAUGUUCGAGCGAGCCCGGGAUUACCUGCACAAGACCGGACGCUUCAUUGUCAUUGGCGGCAUCGUCUCGCCCGUACACGACUCCUAUGGGAAAACGGGGCUAGUCUCUAGCCGGCACCGCUUGACCAUGUGCCAGCUGGCCGUGCAGUCCUCCGACUGGAUCAGGGUGGACCCUUGGGAGUGCUACCAGGACACCUGGCAGACCACCUGCAGUGUGCUGGAACACCACCGUGACCUGAUGAAGAGAGUGACUGGCUGCAUCCUCUCCAAUGUCAACACACCCUCCAUCACCCCUGUGAUUGGCCAGCCCCAGAACGAGUCCUCGCAGAACAUCUACCAGAACAACAACGUCUCCAGCAAGCCCACCGCAGCAAAGAUCUUGGGUAAGGUAGGAGAAAGCCUGAGCCGGAUUUGCUGUGUUCGCCCGCCCAUGGAGCGCUUCACCUUUGUGGAUGAAAAUGCCAACCUGGGGACAGUGAUGAGAUACGAGGAGAUUGAGCUUCGUAUCUUGCUGCUCUGUGGCAGUGACCUGCUGGAGUCCUUCUGCAUCCCUGGCCUCUGGAAUGAGGCAGAUAUGGAGGUGAUUGUUGGGGAGUUUGGGAUCGUGGUGGUGCCCCGGGAUGGAGCAGACCCUGAGCGGAUCAUGAACCACUCCUCCAUACUCCGCAAGUACAAAAACAACAUCCUGGUGGUGAAGGAUGACUCAAACCACCCCAUGUCAGUUGUCAGCUCCACCAAAAGCAGAUUGGCCCUGCAGCACGGGGAUGGACAUGUCGUGGAUUACCUCUGCCAGCCCGUCAUUGACUACAUCCUCAAGAGCCAGCUCUACAUCAACGCCUCUGGCUAA